GUUCUUGUUUAGCUAUAUUUUAAUGGUGAUGAAGAAAUCCACGAAGUUGUUGCAUUGGUUUCUCAUCCGGCAAGAUAUUUCUUUUUCACUCAAGAUUAUUUAAUCUGUAAAAUGACGAAACCUUCUUCUUGAUAACUCAUUCCCGGCUUAUUCCCACCUUCAUAGGCCAAGUAUAUCCUAUUCCUUUCCUCCCUCUCUUCCUCUCCAAUUUCUUGCGGUGGAUUAUCUUCGUCUCAAGUUCCUGAUACCCGUUCUUGAGAUCCUCCAAGGAUCUUCAAUCGGAAGAUUGCAGAUUUUGAAUCAUCAGAAAAAGCGGCUGGGUCCUUCAUAAUGUUCAGUGAUACAACAAUCGUAUAGACCUCAUGACGUUCCAUUUCUGCUUCCUCCAGUCCUUCUCAGUUGCGUUCCUCUACUGGUUCUACUCCAUCCAUUGACCUGCACUCCCGCACGACGCCAUUCUAGCUCGUUCCAUUCUCUCCAAGGAGGACCAGAUUUUUGCAGUUAAUAUUCAGUACAAAUCCUCCAAAAGACCAUGUUUGCUGAAGGAGAUCCACAUCUUGCCGGCGAUGAAAAGAAGCGAAAGCGAAUGCUCUCGAACCGCGAGUCGGCAAAGCGGUCGAGGAUGAGGAAGCAGCAGCAACUGCAUGAUCUGAAAAACCAAAUAUCAGAGCUCAAGUGCCAAAACGAUCAGCUCCUGUUGCAGACCAAUACGCUGACACAGCACAACAUGCUUUUGGAGUCCAACAACACUGUCUUGAGAUACGAGUUGAACUCGCUGAAAGAGAGGCUGCAGUUUCUGAAUUCGACGAUCCGAAUGAUGGAGCAGAUAAGCGGGAUAUCGAUUGAUGUGCUAAUGGCUCCAGACCCGCUCCUGAUGCCAUGGCAGCUUCCUUGUCCCUCGCAGUUGAUCAUGGCGAAUGAUGAUGGCAACUUCCAGCUCUGAAUGAUCGUGUUUUAUGAGGGAAGCAAUUGGUUGAAGCUGUAAACAUCUUUUUAUGUCCAUGAAGGUCCUCUACUAUGUGAUCUGUUAGGUUGCUUGUUUAUGGUUUGAUCAAGAUAUGUUUUGGUGUGCUUGAUCAUUGUUGUAAUUUAGUUUGUCUUUGAAUUGUGUAUUGCUUGUUGUUGUAUUUGUGGUUAAACAUACGGAAUUAUGAUAGUGGUUACAACAGCAAUGCUAUGAAUGAU